GUUUCUAGUCCUCCUCUUUAUACAACUCUGUUCCUAGUUUUUGAGUACCUUAGUACUAAUAGAGAAAAAAAAUGGAAGGAGAUAAAUGUUCAAGUUUUUUUCAAAGAUGCAAACCUUACAUAGCUAUGAUUUCUCUACAAUUUGGAUUUGCUGGUAUGAACAUAAUAACAAAGGUUUCACUCAACCGUGGAAUGAGUCACUAUGUUCUUGUUGUUUAUAGACAUGCUUUUGCUACUGCUGUUAUUGCUCCAUUUGCUAUUGUUCUUGAAAGGAAGAUAAGGCCAAGGAUCACAUUUCUUAUGUUUAUGCAAAUGUUCGUCUUGGGACUUCUCGGGCCUGUGAUUGAUCAGAAUCUAUACUAUGCUGGAUUGAAAUUCACUUCCCCAACCUACUCAUGUGCUAUUAGCAAUAUUCUACCAGCAAUGACAUUUGUCAUGGCAGUUAUUUUCAGGAUGGAAAAAUUGGACAUGAGAAAAUUAAGAUGCCAAGUAAAGGUGAUUGGAACUGUAAUCACAGUUGCUGGGGCCAUGUUGAUGACAUUAUACAAAGGACAAGUUAUUAAUAUAUUGAGUUCUCAAUACAUGCAUCAUCCUAAAAAUUAUGAACCUGAAAACAUUACUGAUUCUGGUGAAAAAGAUUGGGUUAAAGGUUCCAUUUUGCUCAUAAUUGCUACUUUUGCUUGGGCUUCUUUCUUCAUACUUCAGGCUGUGACAUUAAGGAAAUAUUCAGCUCAACUCUCACUCACAGCCAUAGUGUGUUCCUUGGGCACACUUCAAUCAAUUGCUGUGACUUUUGUUAUGGAGCAUAACCCAAAUGCUUGGAGCAUUGGUUGGGACAUGAACCUAUUAGCUGCAGCAUAUGCUGGUAUAAUAUCAUCAGGUCUUACCUACUAUGUUCAAGGGAUAGUCAUGCAAAAGAAAGGGCCAGUUUUUGUCACUGCUUUCAGUCCUUUGAUGAUGAUCAUUGUAGCAAUUAUGGGCACUUUCAUCCUUGCAGAAAAAUUAUAUCUUGGAGGUGUUAUUGGAGCUAUUUUGAUCGUAAUAGGACUUUACUCAGUUCUAUGGGGCAAAAGCAAAGAAAAUAAAGAGAUUGAAGAAGAGACGAUAACUGAGGGAAUGAAGUGUUGUGUAGAAAAUGGAGUAAUAUUGGAAACAGUGAUUGAAGGUGUUGAAGAAACAAAUGACAUUGAAAUGCAAAAGGGUGAAGCUACUAAAGUGUUGAGGGUAGCAAUUAUUAGUGUUCCAAAAGUUUAAGCAUGUAGAUAUUAUUAGGAAGAGAAGAAUUGGGAAGGGGGUCGUUCUAGCUAAGCAUAGUGGAAAGAUUUGAGAAGGGAGGAUGAUUAACAAAAAUUGGUUAUCGGGAUCUAUCACGAAGGUAGUUAGGAACGGAAGAGAUACAUCGUUUUGGAGUGAAAAGUGGAGCCGUGGUAGGCAGUAUAGUAGACUAUUUAAAAUUUUGUUGGAUAAGGAAGCAAAAGUUGUGGAUUUAAGGUGGCGUGAAGAGGGGUAAGUGGGUGUGGAAUUUGAGAUGGAGAAUGGAGUUACGAGACCAAAUUUUGGAGGGUUUAAGGAAAAUGAGAACUAUAGAUUCGUUUGGCGGACUAUUCAGGAUUGCACCCCGUCCAAAUUCAAUCUUAUUCUUGAGAGGGAAAAUACAACGAAGAUGAAAUUUGCAUUGGAGGGCGGGGAUCAAAAGAAUCGGUUAAACAUCGUUUCUUUGAAUGCUCAUUUUCGUUUUCAAAGUAUGGUCAAAAUUAAUGGGUUGGCUAGGGAUGUCAAUAGUAUUCACAACGAAGAAAAAUCCUCAUUUUUGUAGGAGAAAUUUUUAACCUUAUAGUUUGCUAGUAUGUGGUCGAUUAGAAGGCGAGAAAUUUAUAUGUUUUUCAAGAUAAGACAACUAAGGUCUUGCAAGUCGUUGAACACUAUGUUUCUGCAUAAUUCUUAAUCUGCUAAAGGUUGCAGCAUUACUAUAGCUUGUGGCAAGUGGUGAAAAGUGCAGCUUUGCGAUGUAGUAACAGAGAUCGUCAGAUUUAAUUCUGAAUGAGGCACAUCUCAUAUCUUUCAUGUGAAAAUUGGAAAUGUGAAGGUUGUAUAUAAUAUAAUUAGCAUUGAUUUUUCUUGUA